AUGCCACCCACAGUCUGUAAAGCACUUCCAUACUCCUCUAUUCAUUUCCCUGUUUGUGAGUCAACCCACAGAUGGGCGUUGGAUAACUUGAGGGUCCUGGUAUCAAAUCACGGGCUGUCUUCAACUCGUCCAGUCAGAGUUUCGACUGAUUCUCAAACUCGAGGUGUAGGGCAGCCAAUUAAGAAUCAAACCCUCGCAGGAGAAUUUAAAACAUGGGCCAACUCAUCUGGAAACGUUUUUGUUACUUUUGUAUUUCCUUGGCUUCAAAGAAAGAUGGAUUCCGUGGUGAAUUUACCUCAAGUUGCUUCAGUUGCUAUUGUUCAAACCCUCCAGAAAAUCGGUGUCGAUUCGAAAGUCAAAUGGGUCAAUGAUGUUAUGGUGAAUGGCAAAAAAAUUGCAGGAGUCCUCUGUAACGCGACUGGUUACCGAUUGCCCUCCACUGACUCUAAUGAAGAGUUCACUGCAGUUUUGGUGUCAGUAGGUUUGAACGUGAAAUCAACUCCAACGUUAGAAGCUUCGGAGUUCCAGCCAAUCACGAGUAUCGCUGAUGAACUCCAACAAUCUGACGUCGAAGCCUCGGCAGUCCUCGAUCUUCUUUCAAUUGAAUUGUAUCGAACGAUGGGAAUUUUUGAAAGCAGAGGAUUCGAUUCAAUUCAUUCUGCACUUGAACAAAUCUUGAUUGGUCAGGGAACGCUUGUCAGUAUUCAGCAACCAGCGAUCAGUCCAACAUCGUCGUCUUGCGAUAAACUUCCUAAUGACGAAAUAUUUGGCAAGUUUAUUGGACUUUGUCCCAAAUCUGGUUCGCUUCUAUUGAAAACUGUCAACAGUGACACUCCAGUUGAAGUAAUCGGUGGGCGGAUUCGAAGAGGAACGAUUAGAAGGGUCAUCAGGAAACAAAAUCUAGCGAGAUCGUCAGCAAUAGCAAGAAUACUUUCAGCAGAUAAACUGGUUUCAUUUGAUGAGUUUAACGAGUCAGACAGAGAAGCGGAAGAAGGGUCCAAUUUUGGCGGACCACAUGAAUCUUGGCUUUCGAGUUUUACCCAUACGAGAGCUCAGAUCAGACAAAUAGUUGGAUAA